UAAAGUGGCAGCGCUGUCACAUACAAUCGGUCAUCGGAAACAGGCGUCUUUUAAACAAAAUAAAGUAUAAAUUUAAAUUUCACGACAAAAUGUCUGACGACGAUUGCGACAUAUUCAGCUCUUUGCGAAAUGCUCGCGUUAAAGAAAUUCCCAAGCUGGUUUACAAUCCGUCCAAUGAAUCGUUCUCCAAGGAGUUUGAGGAGUCUGAGCUGCUCGACCGCCAUUCCACUACCAAGAAAGUUAGCAAAGUAGCCAAAUUGAAUGACACAGCCACAGUCCAGCCCAAGGGAAGGGGCCGCAAGGGCAAGAAAAAUCUGAAGGAAGAUGACAAGCCCCCCAUAGCGGUGGCUGCAACAGUCGGGCAACCAGAAGAGCCGUCACGUCCUCUCUCCCCCAUCUCCCAAUUGAUAUUGGAGAUGGAGCAAAAAAAGGCUAAAGCAGAGAAGGAGAAAAUCGCAGGGCCCGUGUCCAGGCGUACCCGCUCCUCUGGGAGCAAAGUGGAGAAACCUGUGGUCGAGAAGCCAUCACCGCCCAAGCGGAAAUCACGGGGAAAAAAAAUCGACAGUCAAUCAAAAUCCACUGUGCAUGCCUCAAGGCAGAUCUCCAUAAUGGAAUCUUUGAGUGGUGCCAUUUCCGUACCAAUGCCCACCAAUCGGCGGCAACAGAUGGCAGAGAAAGCAGCGCGAUCUACCGUACUGGAUACCAUUGACUUGGCAUCAGCUGUGGCACCACGUGUCGAGGGUUUUGUGAAUCUUGACUCUGAUGACGAGGCCGCGGGCUCUGCACCAGUGGAGGAACCAAACGUUGAAUCUGAGAAUGCACCCAUGGAUAUAGCCUUGUCCUGGCUGGGGGAGAUUCAGAACUACAAGUUGCGGCAGCAUCGCAAGUUUGCACACAUGUUCAAGGAGGUGGCCGAGCGCAAUGGCGUGAAUGUGGACGAUGUUGUGAUUGACAAGUACGAAACUCUGGUGGAUCCCACCGAUACGCCCCACAGCAUUGGUCUCAUGAAGUUUCACACCCUAAAAGGUCGUGCAAUAUGUUCGAAUAACAGCCACAAACAGGAUGCCGCCGCUUCCUCCGUUUUGCUAAAGAAGACACACAAAUUUCAUUUGAAAGUUCAGGGGGAUAUGUUCAAGCGGCCCCUGUUGAUAGGCAUGAAGAAGAAGGAUGUCUUCAAAGUAUUGUAUCUCAAAUGUGCCGACGAGCUUGACUGCGAUGUUCGUCUGGUGAAAUUAUUCUUCGAUGGCGAACUACUGGAUCCCGAUGAUACGCCCAAAGCCCAGGAGAUGGAGGGCAAUGAAAUAAUUGAUUUGAAAUUGAAGACUUAAGAGAGCCCUUAGCCUUAUAUGUAUUAAAAUUCUUUUGCUUUGAGCUAGUUUCAAAUUUUGGCUUAUUUAAAUGAGUAUUUAUUAAUGUUACUAGAAAAUAUAAGUCUGAUA